GGGAUAGACUACUCCACUCUGUUAUACAACAAUGGGUAGACGCAACAGAUCAGCUUUUCUACCUACCAACAUUCCACAGCUUCAGAAUCUCCUGAAGCGAGAUCCUAAAUCGUAUGAAGCCGAGUUCGAGCAACAGUACCGCCAUUAUGAAGCAAGUUUAUCCAUCUUCAAGCUCAAGCCAGACGACGAGGCAAAAGAUCUCGGCGACCUGAUCAACUUCAUAUCUCAAGUCUCGCAAUGCUUCCCUGAGAGAACUGCUGAAUUCCCCGGCCAAUUGAUUGAAUUGCUUCAGGAGCACUAUCAGGUCCUCAAUCCUGAUCUGCGCAAAAAUAUGGUACAGGCACUGAUUUUGCUUCGAAACAAGAGCGUCGUCGAUAACACUCGCCUGCUUCCUUUGUUUUUCACAUUGUUCCGCUGCCGUGACAAGGCUCUUCGUGAACUGUUGUACACUCACAUUGUCAAUGAUAUUCGCAACGCUAAUAACAAGGCCAAAAACAAUAAGCUGAACAAAACUCUGCAAUCCUUCAUGUUUACAAUGUUGGAGAGUGUCAAGUCUGGAAACAGCGAUGAAAACGCAAUUGCUGCUAAGCGCAGUGUGGAUGUUUGUAUCGAACUUUACAGAAAGAACGUCUGGAACGAUGCAAAAACUGUCAAUGUCAUCGCCGAGGCUUGCUUUUCCCCUAUCACAAAAAUUGCAGUUACUGCCAUUCAGUUCUUUUUGGGAAAUAACGACGAUCAGGAUGAUGAUUCUGACGAUGAAAAUGAUGCACCCGAUGUUCGAAAAAUGCAACAAGCUAACCUUCACAACAAAAAAACCAAAGCAAAGGCAAGAAAGCUGGAUGCCGUCAAGAAGAGAAUUAGCAAAAAGGAGCGUUCAAAGGGAAAGGCUGAGUCUUUCAACUUUUCCGCCCUCCAUUUGUUGAACGAUCCACAAGGGUUCUGUGAAAAACUGUUCUCCAAGCUUUCUGGCAAGGAGGAUCGAUGGGAAGUGCGCUUGUUGAAGCUCAACCUCGUUACCCGUAUUAUUGGUGUACAUCAGUUGACGCUGUUGGCUCUAUACCCAUUCUUGAUCAAAUAUCUCCAACCAUCUCAGCGAGACGUUACAAUGGUCCUGGUCAGUGCAGCUCAAGCUACACAUUCUUUAGUUCCACCGGAUGUGUUGGAACCGGUCUUGAAAGCCAUUGCAAACAACUUUGUUACUGAUCGUGUAUCCAACGAAGUCAUGGCUGCUGGUAUCAAUGGUAUCCGUGAGAUCUGUACUAGACAGCCUUUGGCCAUCGAUGCCACCUUGUUGCAAGACUUGACAGAGUACAAGGCCCAUAGAGAUAAGGGUGUUAUGAUGGGAGCACGAUCCUUGAUUGCGUUAUACAGAGAAGUGAACCCUGAACUUCUCAAGCGCAAGGACCGUGGCAAGGAAGCAUCCAUUUCUAUCAAGGAUUUCAAGUCUCUGCAGUAUGGAUCUGCUGACGCUACUGGUGCUGAAGGUAUCACUGGUAUCGAGUUCUUGAACGAAGGAGACGAGGAAGCUGUCGAUGAUGAUAACUGGGACAACUGGGAAGUCGAAGACGACAGCGACGAAGAAAGCGAAGAUGGUUGGGUCAAUGUUGGUGACGGCGAUGACGAAGGCGCCAUUGAUGUUGAUAUGAGCGACUCUGAUGAAGAGAAGGAGGGCGAAGACGGUGUGAAGAAGGUCAGAAAGAUGACGCAACGAGCCAUGAAGAAGAAGGGAUUGACCGACUUGGAAGAAAUUGAGCUGACCGAUGCCCAAAAGACUAAGAAGCAAAAGGACCUCGAGUUGAAGAAGGCGGAAGAAGACAAGCGUAAAGAGGCAGCUUUGAAAUUGGCUACAUCACGUAUCUUGACGCCAGCUGAUUUCGCAAAGAUGAACGAUAUGCGAGUCACCGCCAAAGCGGACGUUAUUGUUCACGGCAAGCGUAAGGCAGCGACCCAGAAUGAGGAAGAAACAUCCUCCGAAUAUGUUGCUGAGAGUGUUAUUCUUGGACCUCGCAAGAAGGCUAAGCAAGACUAUGAAGAACGUAUGGCAUCUAUUCGAGAAGGUCGUGAAGGACGUGAGAAGUUCGGAUCCAAGAAGGGUAAGACUGAGCGCGGUUCCACUACCAAUCGCGAGAAGUCACGCAACAAGAACUUCCUCAUGAUUUCACACAAGCGUUCUGUGGUCGCCAAGAGCAAAGCCAGUUUGCACGAUAAGCAGAAGCAACUUCGUGCGCAUAUCAAGAAGCAGAAGAUGAAGAAGCAUUAGAAAAUCCAUCAUUUCAUUCCACCAUUCCCAUUUUAGAUCAAUCAUCUUUCUUUAUACAACGAUCUGUAUAUAAUUCAAUUUGAUUUUUUUU